UGAGCGGGACUCCACCUCUACCCUUAACUACCCCUUGGGCUCUUAGCUCCUCCCUCCCUCCACUUAAUUGCUCCUCUAUUCCUCGGGUCACCGACGACCGGAGGCAGGCUAGGGGUGGGCGAGCAGCGGGAAGAAGUAGGAGGGACAGGCAGCUGAAGCUGGGGUAGGGGAACUUUUCACUGUAAUGAUAGGAAGAGAAUUGAGUGGGUCUUAUCUUCCCAUUCCGUGCUGGAAAACCUAAAGAACAGUUCUUCCCGUGGAAAACAGACAUUGCUUGUCAGAGCCACCCCACUUAAAGAAGCCAGACUUCAGGGUUUUGUUUUUGUUUUUCUCGUGCUCAGGAGGUGUCUGGAGAAGUGAUGGCAAAAAAGACUGACUCUUGAAGCCUGAUACCCCAACAUCUCCAUCUGCCAGUGCAGCUGAUCUGACCUGAUGGCUUUUUAUUUCUUACUGAGAAUAGCUAAGGCCCUCUGGCUCUUGACUGUUUUGAAUGCCAUGGAAAAUUCAGAGUUUGCGAAAUUUGAAUGCCAGAAAGAAGUAUCUGCUUGCAGAAAUGACCAGGUUGAGAUAAUCUGCAAAAGCACCAUGGACUUUGAUAGUAUAGACUUGUUUUUCCGUAGUGACAAGAAAGACGAAGAACUCCUCUUCAGCAUGACCACAGUAGGAGAGUCUCACCUUCAGCAUGGGAUGCGUCUCAGAUUUAAGAAUCAAGAAGCCACGUUGGUGAUUCAGAACAUCCAAUUUUCCCAUUGUGGAGUCUACCGGUGGCAUCUUUCAGGCCAAGGGUCCUCAAAUAAGUUCACUACACUAACUGUUUCAGAACCCCCUACAAUCUCCAAGGAAAAUGGCUGUCUGAUCUGCAGAGCAACCAAUGUAAAGGCAGGGAGAAGAAUCAUCUGGUCCAAUGACCUGCCAAGAAGGCAGACGGAGUUCACAUCCACUCAGGAUGCCACAGGCCUAUUCAAUCUCAGCAGCUCUCAACUCUGGAAUGACAGUUUCUAUAGUAAUCCACCAUGCUGUAAAGUCAUGGAUGAGAAGGGCUCCCAAGAACUUUGUGCACAAACUUGCUAUACCAGUGCCAUCGUGGAAAAGUCCUCAGAGGUGAAGCAAUUUCCCCUGUUCAUCAUGGCUCAAGAAGGGGACACAAUCAAUAUCACCUGCACUACCACUGGAAAAUCAUCUGGGCUCUACUUGAAGCGAAGUACCAUCAGGCUUAUAGAAGUGAUCCAUUUCUCAAAAAAAAACAAAUCCAUCAUAACAAAAAGUUACGAGAAUCGUACCAUCGUCUCUGGGUCCCUGAAUAACUUAAUGAUCACAAUAACCAAUGUACAAUUGAAUGACACUGAUGUCUAUACGUGCGAAGCCACAACAUCUGACAACCUCCUGGGAACUGGCACCAUAGUGGUGGUAACAGAAAAAAAAUGGAAAAAAGAGGACGGAAACCUGAAGAAUUCACAGGUGGAGGUGGUCUUGAUUGUGAUAUCUUUCUUCAUUGGGCUGGCCCUGUGGCCACUGUUCAUGAUGAUGAAGAAGUGGGUGCACAAAGUAAGAAGGACUCAGAAUCCAUCAGGUAGCGUGUAUGAAGACAUGUCCUAUGCCAUGCAACGCAACACUACAUUCCAGGACAAUCAGUACAGCUGACUAGCCUCACCGUGGAGAUCAAGCAAGGGUACCCUACAGAAAGACAAGUUCUUUUCUCAUUCUGUAGUUUCUCUCUGCCUUGGAAUGGGGAAUUCAGCCUCCAGAAAAAACAGCCAACACAAAUCAUCCUAGGGUAAAGGAGUUUAAGUUGUCUAGCAGAUUUUAAAUUUCAUAGGAUUAGAAAUGGAAGAGAUCAGGUCCAGCGUACAUCAACCUACUCCCAUUCCAUUUUGCGCCACACACAGCAAUUACCAGAACUGAGAUUUGCCCCCCAGAUCAUAUAGGUGGAGCAGAGGGUGGAGGUGAGAGACUUUUGGAAGGGGGAAGGAAUACUAAUAAUGUUGCCCCCAAAAAAAAGUACAAAAAAAAGAAAUUAGGUCAUUGAAUUGUCUUUUAAAACAUACAAAAGAGAAAAGAAAAGAGUUCAGAAGAAAACAAACAUUGAGAUUUGAGUAUGGGAAGGAGUCUGCACUUAGGCUACAGCUGUAGGAGAAAGGACUAUUUGUCUUAACAUCAACAUUCUUUGUGGUAGCAUUGUGCUAAGCGAUCUACUUCCUCACUGUUCUGUGUCAUAUUGCUAUGAGUCUGGACCCUUUGUGAAUAAGCACUUUGUCAAAAAUAAGAAGAAGAAGAAUAAAAAGAUCUAUGAAGCUGGCACCCUUAGA